GUUCAUCGACUGUGUUGAUUGUUUUAAAAUAUAAAUGGUUUCUUAGGAGAGGAACUAAAUAAUGUCUAUUACUGCAAUCUGUCAGGACCUAAAGCUGCUCCUUCUUCCGCCAGGGCCUGGUCUUCACAGAUUAUCUGUUGCCGUCAUGUCGGCUGCGAUUGCAGCUCUCGCUGCUUCUUAUGGUUCGGGUUCAGGGUCCGAAUCGGACUCGGACAGUGAGGGCGGGCGGUGUUCCUUGCCAGCCGCGGAUUCCCUCAUGCACUUAACUAAAUCGUCUUCGGAUAAGCCCUCUCUGGCAGUGGCAGUGGACUCCGCUCCGGAGGUGGCAGUUAAGGAAGAUUUGGAGACUGGAGUUCACCUUGACCCUGCUGUCAAAGAGGUUCAGUAUAAUCCUACUUAUGAGACCAUGUUUGCUCCUGAGUUUGGACCAGAAAAUCCCUUCAGAACCCAGCAAAUGGCUGCCCCUAGAAAUAUGCUUUCUGGAUAUGCUGAACCAGCCCACAUCAAUGAUUUUAUGUUUGAACAGCAAAGAAGAACUUUUGCCACUUAUGGUUAUGCAUUGGACCCUUCAUUAGAUAAUCAUCAAGUGUCUACUAAGUAUAUUGGUUCUGUAGAAGAAGCUGAAAAAAAUCAAGGUUUAACUGUGUUUGAAACUGGUCAGAAGAAAAUAGAAAAGAGGAAAAAAUUUAAAGAAAAUGAUGCAUCUAAUAUUGAUGGUUUCUUGGGACCUUGGGCAAAAUAUGUGGACGAAAAAGAUGUAGCCAAACCUUCAGAAGAAGAACAAAAAGAAUUGGAUGAAAUUACAGCAAAGAGGCAGAAGAAAGGCAAACAGGAAGAAGAGAAACCUGGAGAGGAAAAGACAAUCUUACAUGUUAAAGAAAUGUAUGACUAUCAAGGCAGGUCCUAUCUUCACAUACCUCAGGAUGUUGGUGUUAAUCUGCGGUCAACUGUGCCACCUGAGAAAUGUUAUCUUCCCAAAAAACAAAUUCAUGUGUGGUCUGGACACACAAAGGGCGUCAGUGCAGUCAGAUUGUUUCCUCUCUCUGGCCAUUUGUUGCUGUCUUGUUCCAUGGACUGUAAAAUUAAGCUAUGGGAGGUUUAUGGAGACAGGCGCUGUCUGCGAACAUUUAUUGGUCACAGUAAAGCUGUUAGGGACAUCUGCUUUAAUACUGCAGGAACACAGUUCCUCAGCGCAGCUUAUGACAGGUAUCUUAAGCUCUGGGACACUGAGACAGGACAGUGUAUAUCAAGAUUUACAAACCGAAAAGUACCCUAUUGUGUCAAAUUUAAUCCUGAUGAAGAUAAGCAAAAUCUCUUUGUGGCUGGGAUGUCUGAUAAGAAGAUUGUGCAAUGGGACAUUCGAAGUGGAGAAAUUGUGCAGGAAUAUGAUCGGCAUUUGGGAGCUGUCAACACCAUUGUUUUUGUCGAUGAGAAUAGGAGAUUUGUAAGCACAUCUGAUGAUAAGAGCCUAAGAGUUUGGGAAUGGGAUAUCCCUGUGGAUUUCAAGUAUAUAGCAGAACCCAGUAUGCACUCAAUGCCUGCAGUGACUUUGUCUCCAAAUGGGAAAUGGCUAGCAUGCCAAUCAAUGGACAACCAAAUCUUAAUUUUUGGAGCACAGAACAGAUUUAGAUUGAAUAAGAAGAAAAUUUUUAAGGGCCAUAUGGUAGCAGGCUAUGCUUGUCAAGUAGACUUUUCACCAGACAUGAGCUAUGUGAUUUCAGGAGAUGGAAAUGGAAAGUUAAACAUCUGGGACUGGAAGACCACAAAACUCUACAGUAGAUUUAAAGCUCACGAUAAAGUGUGUAUAGGUGCAGUGUGGCAUCCUCAUGAAACAUCUAAAGUCAUAACUUGUGGUUGGGAUGGUCUCAUUAAAUUGUGGGAUUAAUGGGAUUAAUCCUUAAACUAUCUAGGAUCAUUUUUGAUCCAAUAUCAUAUUUAACUAUAUUUAAUUAUUAAAGGUGUUGGAUGACAACUUGAUUUACAGGUUAUGAUUUUCUUACAUGGUCUUGUGAAGUUGAACCAUUGUUAAAAAAAAAAACUUUGUAAAUUUGUCUCAUAUAAUUUCAUUAGCAACUUCAUUUUGUUCUUUAUAGAUGUUAUUUAUACAGAGAAUGACCAUUGACUUUACAUUUGACAGGUGGUUAUUGCUGGCAGGCGGUUUGGGUUUACCCCCAUGAUGUACUAAAAGGAUCUUUUAGGAGCUGAGAAGGAAUCCCUAAUGGAUUACCUCUUCAACAGAAAGGAAAGAACAGGGAUGAUAUGAUUUAAUGUGAAUCUGAAAGAAGGAUAGAAACCACCCACAAUUACUGUUCCCAUUAUUUCCCAUGGGUCAGUUCUAAUCUUUUGGAUUCAGGAGUUCCAUUAUUUUUUUAUUACUUACGUUGUGUCUGCUUAGUUGUAAGCCAGCAAUAUUCUCUGACUGCAGCAUUUCUCUAAUUGUUAAACAGUGUAAAAUAAAAACCAGUCCAGAGUUCUUUCCUUGGCUUUCUUCUUGAUCAGUAUAGACAGGACUAUAUAUAAUCAGAGAAUCACAUUAUUUUUGAAAAUGGAACUCAAGAGAAUGAAUCAAGACUUUGAAUUGUAUUUGUAUUUACUGUCCAGUAAGGACCUGGCUACACUUUCAGAAAUCAGGGUCUCCUAGGUCACUGUUUCACAGAAGUUACUAUUGAAAUACUCCUCAUAGGAGAUUAGGUGUGAGAACAUAGUUCAAAGUGUCAGCCUGUAAUUUCUUUGAAGCUGUAUGUUUUAUCUUGAAAACUAAUCUGAUUUUGCUUAUGAAUAUAUUCAAUAGAACUUUUUAAGAUUAGAAAAAUGUUAAACUUCUUUCCAAAUCUUUGGGUAAAAUUGACACUCUGGGAAGAUGGGUUCCUAAUUUGAGAAGCAAGGACUGUGAUUGGUUUAAAAAAGAUUUUUUUUUUUAACUUCAGAUUGUGAAAUUAAGAUAGCUUCUUAAAUAUAGUAGCUAAUAGCACUUUAGUUUGACAAGCCAUUUCUCCUUUCUUUUUUCUUUUUUACAAAUCUAUGUCAGAUAUUUGAAUGUAGUGUGAAAUAUUUCAGUGCCACGUGAUAAAAGAUUGGCUCAUAGCUGCUCAGACUGCUGACUUGGAGACCAGAAUCUUGUUGAGUGUUGAUAUCCUAGGACUCAUUAGCCCUGAGUCCUGUGCUAUCAAGAGCAAUUUAUACUCCGUGCCCUUCGAACUUCCAUUUUUAAACAUUAAAAUUUAAAAAGACCGGGUAUAGAUGACCAGGUGGUAUAGCCACAUAUAAAUUUCAAAUAAAAUUUAAAAAGAGAAUAAAGGCUGUAGAGAUGUAUUUUGGUCACAGCACUCAAAGAAAUAAUACACUGCCUUGCUGCUGCCAUUUCUACUUCUUGAUCUGCUGGGAAGGGUGGCUGCCAUUUCCUGAAGAGGAAAAAAAUUCAAUCAGGAGCUUUUCUGUAGUCCCAACCACUGGUUUUAACAAAUGUGAAUUACUGAAAUGUGAUGGGACAAAGAAUUAAUCAUACAUUUGAACUGUCUUGUUCAGGACCAGUAUUAUGUAUUUUACAAAUCAUAACUUCUAAAUCUGGGUUUAUUUUAUUGUGUUUUUAACUGUUUCUAAACUAAGGAACUGUAUAUAAAAGUUGUCUCUUUUUUAAAAAAGAUGGUAUUUUUAAAUAAAGCAUUUUUGUAGAAAGUGUUAUCAACA